AUGGAUCAGGACGCUAGGAGGGUGGAAGAAGGGUUUGGUCCGGCAGUAGCAGCAGUUGGGCAGAAAGAAGAUCACAACAAGGCUCAGUUCGGUAAAAUAGAUAAAAAUGAUGGUGGAGAUCACUGCAUAGACAAUGAGAAAGAAUUAGGUACUAGGACUGGGAGCUCAGAGCUAGAUCAUCAUCCCUCAACCGAAGAAAAGCAGGCCGAGGAGCAACCCGUAGUGGUUAAGCAGAAGAGCAAGAGGGUUGCAACCUUAGACGCAUUCAGAGGCCUUACCAUAGUGUUGAUGAUAUUGGUUGACGACGCUGGAGGAGCCUAUUCGCGUAUUGAUCACUCCCCAUGGAAUGGAUGCACAUUGGCGGACUUUGUGAUGCCCUUUUUUCUCUUCAUUGUUGGGGUUGCUAUUGCUCUCGCUCUCAAGAAAAUAGCCAAGAUCGAUGUUGCCAUAAAGAAGAUUGUUAUCAGGACAUUGAAGCUUCUGUUCUGGGGAAUUAUUUUGCAAGGAGGAUACUCUCAUGCACCUGACGAUCUGGCCUAUGGUGUUGACAUGAAGCAUAUCCGAUGGUUUGGCAUCCUCCAGAGAAUAGCUUUGGUAUACUUUGUUGUUGCCAUGAUAGAGACCUUGACAACUAAGCGAAGACCAGCCGUCCUAGAGUCUGGAAACAUUUCUAUUUUCACUGCAUAUCGAUGGAUUGGAGGGUUCGUUGCCUUUCUUAUAUACAUGGUCACGACGUAUGCACUAUAUGUUCCAGAUUGGAGUUUCGUGUUACACAACGAUGAUGGAGCAAAGAGAUACACAGUCAAAUGUGGAAUGAGAGGACACUUGGGACCCGCAUGUAACGCCGUUGGACAUGUGGACAGACAAGUUUGGGGAGUUAAUCAUCUCUAUGCAUACCCCGUUUGGAUACGCUUGAAGGUUUGCAAGCAUGGGGAGAAUGCUCCAAGUUGGUGCCUUGCUCCAUUCGAACCUGAAGGCCUGCUGAGUUCAAUUUCGGCUAUCCUCUCUGGGACCAUUGGCAUCCAUUAUGGGCACGUUCUGAUUCAUUUUAAGGGUCACGCUGAGAGGCUUAGGCAAUGGGUCUCAAUGGGCUUCAUCUUGCUCACUGUGGCCAUCAUUCUCCACUUUACAGAUGCUAUUCCUAUGAACAAGCAACUCUACAGCUUCAGCUACGUUUGUUUCACAGCAGGUGCAGCUGGAAUUGUCUUCUCUGCUUUUUAUAUACUGAUUGAUGUUUGGGGGCUUCGUACACCAUUCUUGUUCUUAGAAUGGAUAGGAAUGAAUGCAAUGCUAGUGUUUGUAAUGGCAGCCCAAGGCAUCUUUGCGGCAUUUGUAAACGGAUGGUAUUAUGAAACUCCAGAUAAAACUCUAGUCAAUUGGAUUCAGGAUCAUGUUUUCAUCAAUGUUUGGCAUUCGGAGAGGCUUGGGACCCUCUUAUAUGUGAUAUUUGCUGAAAUCGCAUUUUGGGGUGUUGUUUCGGGCAUCUUGCACAAAUUAGGAAUAUAUUGGAAGCUGUGA